GCGCGCAUUGUCUGCCCCCUCCCGCCCCUGUUGGCGGCGCGCAGCCUGAUUGGCCCGGGCCCGCGAAAGCUUGCUCGGGGAUUCUGGAUGUACAGGCCGCAGAUGCGCUACGGCUGGAAAAUAAAGCCAAAACCGGAUUAUGUUCUAUUCGGUACAAUAAGAAGGGCGUUGGCGCGCCAUAGACGAAUCAACGGACCAGGUGCUUUCCUCCCAGAUGUCACACACGCACACGGUGUUGCCUAAUAUUUGACACAUUUAUGUGUAGUAAAUAUACAGUCAGCAAAUGUGAAGCAUUGUGAAAAAAAUAUCCAAGAAAAUGGAUCAAGGAGGAGGGGUCUUGGAGCUUCACUCCCAGGAUUUGAAAAUGCCCCACACAAUGAUAAUGCAAGACUUUGGCAUGGGGGGCAUGGCCCACAUAGACGGUGAACACAUUGUGGUAUCGGUACCCGAAGCUGUGCUGAUAUCAGAUGUGAACACUGAUGAGGGUAUCCUGCUGGAGCAUGGCCUGGAGGCUGAAGUGGUGGAAGGGCCUGGUAUCGGGCAAGAAGAUGUCAUCAUGUCUGAAUCUAUCCUGGGAGCGGAGGUGGCCAUUGAGGAGUCUCUGGAUGCUGAUCAUCAUGUCCUGACUGCUGAACUUAUCGAAGAAACAGUGCCUGAACAGGUGUUUGUGACUGAUCUAAUGUCCACACAUGAGGACAGUCCACUGGACACUGAACUGGUGUCUGAGGAGGUGAUGGUUGCGGACACAGAGGCCAUAGUUCAGGCACACGAUUCCACACCACCCUGUGUGACCCUUAAGACUGAUGACGACGAAGAUGUCAAGAGCACCUCGGAAGACUACCUCAUGAUCUCAUUGGAUGAUGUGGGGGAGAAGUUGGAUAUUGUUGACACUCCGUUAAAAAUCAGCACAGAGAUGGGCCAGGAUGAUGAAUCCAAGGAGGAUGAGUUUGGCUCUGAGGUUAUCAAAGUGUACAUUUUUAAGGCCGAAGGGGAUGAAGAUGUGGAAAUAGGUGAAACGGAGGUUGUUGCAGAGAGUGAUUUCCCCAACGGGCAUGCAGUGUUAGAGACGGCAACAGCAAGCACAGGAAGGCUGCCCAGGGAGAAAAUGGUUUACAUGGCAGUGAAGGAUACCAGCCAAGGACAGGAAGAUAUGAAUGUUUCUGAGAUGACUGACCAAGUAUACAUGGAGGUGAUUGUUGGGGAAGAUGAGGCUCCUGCCAUACAAGAAGCUCAUUUGGAAGAUUCACCUGCUAAUAAGACCUUUGUUCCUGUUGCAUGGGCAGCUGCCUAUGGUAACAAUCUGGAGUCUCAUUUAGAGAGUAAGCAUGGUGCAACCACUCCAUACCUGCAAAUCAGUGACAGCAUCAGUACAAGCCGCGCUCUCAAACAGAAGAUCAAGAAGAAGAAGAAGGGAGAGACACGGCAGUGCCAGACUGCUGUAAUAAUUGGCCCUGACGGCCUGCCACUGACGGUCUAUCCUUGCCACAUCUGCGGAAAAAAGUUCAAGUCACGCGGGUUCCUGAAGCGGCACAUGAAGAACCACCCAGACCACAUGUUUAAGAAGAAGUACCAGUGCACAGACUGUGAUUUCACUACUAAUAAGAAGGUCAGCUUUCACAACCACCUAGAGAGCCACAAGCUCAUCGUCAAGAACGAGAAAGUCCCGGAGUACACAGAGUACACGCGGCACUACCGGGAGGCGAGCCCACUCAGCCCUAACAAGCUGAUCUUGCGCGACAAGGAACCCAAGCUGCACAAGUGCAAAUACUGCGAAUAUGAGACAGCUGAGCAAGGCCUGCUUAACCGCCAUUUGCUGGCUGUGCACAGCAAAAACUUUGCACAUGUUUGCGCAGAGUGCGCUAAGGGCUUUCGCCACCCGUCUGAGCUCAAAAAGCACAUGCGGACACACACGGGUGAGAAGCCCUAUGGCUGCCAGCGUUGCGACUUCCGGUGUGCUGACCCAUCCAACUUAAAGACUCAUGUAAAGAGCAAGCAUGGUGCUGAGCUCCCGUUCAAGUGUGCUCACUGCCCACAGGCGUUUGCCGAUGACAAGGACCUGCAGAGGCACAUGGAGGUCUUCCAGGGCCACAAGACUCACCAGUGCCCACACUGUGAGCACAAGAGCACCAAUUCGAGUGACCUGAAGCGCCACAUCAUCUCUGUGCAUACCAAGGACUUUCCACACAAGUGCGACGUGUGUGAAAAAGGCUUCCACCGGCCAUCAGAACUCAAAAAGCAUGCUGAAACGCACAGGGGGAACAAGGUGCACCAGUGCCGGCACUGUGACUUUAAGAUCUCGGACCCUUUCACUCUGAGUCGGCAUAUCCUGUCCGUGCACACAAAAGAGCUGCCUUUUAAGUGUAAACGCUGCAAGCGUGGCUUCAGGCAGCAGAACGAACUCAAGAAACACGUGAAGACUCACAGUGGCCGCAAAGUCUACCAGUGCCAGUACUGUGAGUAUAAUACGGCGGAUGCCUCGGGUUUCAAGCGCCACGUAAUCUCCAUUCACACUAAGGACUACCCACAUAGGUGUGACUACUGCAAGAAGGGUUUUAGACGGCCCUCUGAAAAGAAUCAGCACAUAACGCGCCAUCACAAAGACACACUGAUCUAACACUCCUCCGUCCCAUCCACCUCGUAAACUAGCACCUAAAUUACAUAACAGAAGAUGAGAACGGAAUGGUACAGUUCAGUCGGGUAAUGGCUCUUUACUCUUUCCCCCCUUCAGGUUUUUGCAAAGGCUUUUCAAAUAACCUCAAAGUACUAUCCCCAUUCUUUGGAGCAGGACUGCUAGGGUCAGCCAAGGUUUCAAAUCAUUAUAUUUUUGUAUCUACCUGGCUGAAAAGCUGUAAGUGAAUAAUGCCCUUCAUGGUAAUUGGGUAAAUAAAGCUUGAGAUAUAUGCUGUGAUUGAAACGAAAUGCCCAUUAUGACACUUAGGAUUCCCUGUAGCCAUGUUGCUGUGGGCUGCAGUGUACUCCCUCAGUGAGUACUAACUAGUGUGCCUAGCUUAUAUGCUAACAUUUUUAAAAAAAAAAAAUGCCAGUCUAAAUCACGUCAUUGGUUUCAGUUGGUCAUUUGUGGUAAAAUUAUUUCCAUUAUUUUUAUAUUUACUUAUGUACCACUCAUAAGUAAUCAUGUAUAUUUACGCAUAUGGGUAUAGUUCCAUGCUCACUUACACUUAAGUAUAUCUCUGUAACACCAACCAGUCAAUUUUCUUGCCCAAAAGUUUUGGGGAUUGAAUUCACUUUAGUUUGAAUAAAACUUUUUAGUUGUCUCCCUUGUGA